UUAAAAUUUGCAAGAGCCACCAAGGACUUGAGAUAUUAGAUUCUAAAACAUGAAGAGAAGAGUUGUUAAAUGGCUGCUCUUCUUCUUCGUCGUCGUCGUCAUUUGUUCUAACAAUUCUCUCGUACACUCCUCAAGUGAAGCUGUGCCGUUCAUCUCAUCAUCAAAAGUUUCAGGUCAUCAUUAUGUCAACCCAUUGAUGGAGGAAAAACAACUCAACAAAAAUGUAUUUAAAAGGCAUGGAAGAAUGUUGAAGACAUUACAUAAUGAAGAAAUUAACACAAGGGAGAAUGCAGGUGAAGAAAACAGAAAAGGGAAGGGAACCUACGGCGGCGGGGACCUUCUUCGGCCUCGUGCCAGAAAGAGUGGAGCCAACUCUUUACUUCUCAAAUCCUCACCACUUAUGCUAAUUGGCUUCCACCUCGCCACUAUCUUCUUCUUUUGAUUCCAGCUUUGGUUUUUAUUGAAGGAUAAUGCUUCCAAGCAUUGGGUUUGUAUCUUGCUUAUGUUCAAGUUAUUCAUAUAUAUUGCUCAAUGAGGAAAAAUAUAAUAUUAAAAUAUUA